CAAAAUGGUUGAACAUGUGGAAUUGCGGGUGCAGAAGAACCUAUUAAAUCCACAUUUUGACGGAUAUAAAUUGUCUCUUGACUCUUUACCAGUUUAUUCGAAAGAACUGGAAUGUGGUUUAGAUGUGGUAAAGCUCACAGAUGACCAGUAUUCCUACCACCACGCCAAGUUGUUUGGAAGUCACAACCAUCUGAUCUCUGACCCGUGGUCUCCAGACACCAUUUACUUUAUUGACACAGAAUGGGAUGUCAGGAGAGUCCAGCUGUCAGGGCAGUCAAAACUUGAGAUUGGUGACCGUAUUUUUCAAAUUCCUGACCGUGCCAAUCAGCAUUUAGUACCAGGACGGUACAAUUCUUCACUGUGUUUUGCGGGCCGUCACACGGCUGUGUUAGCAGAUGGGGCGGGCAACUUUUCUGUCUUGGACACGGACAACCGCGUGGAGCAUGCUUAUGUCUGGAAGGCAGUGUUUAGCAGCAGUGACGUGGUGUCUGGCUCAAAGCUGUUCGAGGUGGUGUCUGCAGUACAGCACAGAACGGACGAAAACCACCGGAUCGAGUGUCUGCUGGUCCACAUCGAGGAGCGAGACGAGGAACACAAGGAGAAAUACAGCUCUCCAUUCCUCACAGUCAUCACCUGGAUCACACUUCUGUCAGUGGACAAGAAGGUUUGGACUGUUGAGCGGACACGUCGUCUGGAAGGUGUGAAGCCGUUUGACUAUGCCGUUGUUGAGAAAGACGGCAGUGCGGUGUUGAUACUAAGUGAACAGAAAUUCACACUUGUCACGGAUUCUGUAAACCCCGUACAGUCGGCCGGGGAGUGGGAGGUCAUAGCGAAAGUGUUUCCUGAUGACAUCCCCCGGUAUACGUGGAGCCAGGACAGUGAGGACAUUAACAUCCAGUUCACGGUUCCAGCCGGCGUCGUGAAGGCCGACAUCUUUCUCAACCUGCAGGCCGAUCACAUCGAGUUUGGAGUUAAGAAUGGACUGACCUUGCUCAAGGGUCAGGUACAUGACCGCGUUGAUGUCGAGGCAAGCACUUGGACUAUUCAGGGUCAAAGAGUGGAGCUGACACUGAGUAAAGAAGUGUCGGGUAACUGGCCGGAGGUUGUGCUGGGCGACACUCAUGGAGAAAUGGUUUUGGACACGGAGCAGGUGGCUCAGAUCCACGAGCGGCUGGCGCACCUCACGUCAGAUCAGUGGAAUCCUGACCCGGAAAGCCGCGGUGAAAAACCAUACAACUGUCAGGAGUUGGAAGAUUGUGAUGACAGCAACGAUGACUGCAGACUGAUGAGAAUUGAUGGAGAAACUCACACCGCCACACACGCGAUAAAUCUUGGAGGUCAUCAGUGGCUGUUCUGCAAACAGACAGAUUCGGAAAAGCCACCCGCACUCUGUCUCCGACAUGAUGUUGACGGGUUGUUAUGGCAACCAGAACAGCCAUCAUCGUCCAGAGAAACUUUACUGCAUCACACUGGGACAUUCAAUGCUUUCGGUUACGUCCAGGCAUCAAAGCAGCAGAAAAAGUUCUCAUCGUGUGCCCCUAACCUCUCGUACGCUGUGAUCUGCGAGUGUGUGCGACACAUCUACAUAUACAGACAGAACUCUCCCGUGCUGUCGCCGCUGAGAAACAGAAAGACCGGGCAGCAGGUCAGUGCCAUCGCGAAGCAGCAAGUGGUGGCGCUGGAGUCGACUGAUAACAUACUGGGGCUGCACGUGACAAACAGGCAAAUAUUCGUAGCAACCGGCAAAACAGUGUAUGCUAUUGCCACAGAGGAAACAUCAGGGUGAACAAAGCUUGGAGAUCGAGUUCAUAUUCCAAGACACGUCAUACAAACUGUCAUUGUGUUUGUGUGUCAGUUAUGCAACAUCAAAUUUAUACAUACUGUCAGUUGGUUACAUGGUGAAUCGUUAAGUUCUAUAAUUAAAAGCUGCAAACUUAAGGGUACCCAAAACUAUUCAUGUAUUCCAAAAGUGCAUGUGUCCUAUGUAGUUCUAGACUAAUUUUUGGACACUUCAUGCAUAGCACAUCACAGGGCUCAAUACAGCAAGUAACUUUUAUUCACUUGCAACUGGUUUUUCAACAGUAAUAGCCAACAGGCGAGUAACAAUUAUUAGGUUUAGAAGACUUAAUCAAGCUGAACAUGCCUUUAAUCAGUUUAAUGUUAUGCCGUGUUAAGUAUGCAACGUAGGAUCAAGAAACAAAACAUGUUUAUUUCCUGUAGUUACUUCGGUAAACUCCGGCUUAGAUCAUAUGAAAUUGUUAUAAACCAUUUAUUUUUAGACUCCUCAGGUUAUUAUAUAGACUGAGUAAGGGCAAAGUACCAUAACAACCAGCCAUGAAACAUGGCCACAUUUUUCCUUUCCUUCCUGGGUCCUUUGAAUGGAGGACCCUGGCCGUGAAUACCCCCCCCCCCCCACUUGGCUAUUAAUGAACUGCUGUAUCUCUUCCCCCCCCCCCCCCCCCCCGGGGCUUAUUCUGGUUAAAUACCAUAUUUGUGGCGAGUGGAUGAAGAAAUUUGGCUACGAAUAUAUUUCAUUUACUAGCCAGCAGGCAAGUGAAAGAAAACUUCUGCAUUGAGCCCUGCAUCAGUAGAAAAAUUGUAACUCACCAGUUACCUAAAUUUAUGCUGCGUUCAUUAGAAGUCGUGAAUAUCGUAGUUACCAAUUCAUAAGUUGUGAAGAGCGUUCAUUUGGCGAAAUAACCCGUGAACACAACUUGUGAACUGGGGUGGGAUUUCACAACUCGUGGAAAAAAUGGCAGAACAAACACAAAUCUUUUGUGAAACUAUGAGGUGGGGUGUGAGGGAUUGGAGUAACAGUGCAGAUUGUCUAUAAAUCCACUUGGUGAAAUCAUGUUCACAAUUUGGAACUUGUGAAUUCAAAAGGACCAAAUGAACGCAGCAAAAGUUCACACAACUGAACAUUUGGUUAUCUAGGUAAAAUCAUAUGAACGGUCUUCUGGUUAACUAAGAUUUAGAAAUAUUGUCCCCUGUAUUCAUACAUCAGUCCUCUUAGGUGAAAUCAUAUGAACGGACUUCUGGUUAUCUAAGAUUUAGAAAUAUUGUCCCCUGUAUUCAUACAUCAGUCUUCUUAGGUGAAAUCAUAUGAACGGACUUCUGGUUAUCUAAGAUUUAGAAAUAUUGUCCCCUGUAUUCAUACAUCAGUCCUCUUAGGUGAAAUCAUAUGAACGGACUUCUGGUUAACUAAGAUUUAGAAAUAUUGUCCCCUGUAUUCAUACAUCAGUCUUCUUAGGUGAAAUCAUAUGAACGGACUUCUGGUUAUCUAAGAUUUAGAAAUAUUGUCCCCUGUAUUCAUACAUCAGUCUUCUUAGGUGAAAUCAUAUGAACGGACUUCUGGUUAACUAAGAUUUAGAAAUAUUGUCCCCUGUAUUCAUACAUCAGUCCUCUGAAUAUUGGGAGAAUAGUUCUUUAGUUUAUCCUUCACUCGCACAAGUCAUUUUUUGUUUGUUGAUUUGAUUUGUGACAUUAUUUACAUGGUGAAAAAGGAAUACUUGGGGAUCAGAAGAUGGUGCAUGGGAAGGAUUAGCAAUUGCUUAUUAUUAUGGUUUUACUUUAAUAUGUAACAGUGUUUUUGUAUUAUGUAAAAGAAAUUACUUGACUUGUUUUCAUUAGCUUUGAACAAAUAAAAUUUGAACCUGUGGGUUACACAUGUAAUUAGGUGUACCUUGGUAUGAAUUUAACAUGGACAAAGCCGGUUCAAAUUUACAACCAAACAAAAUACAAUUUUUUUCAAAAUAUCUGUCCAAAGCUGUAACCACGAAGAGUUUCAUUUAAAUAUAUCUGUCGACUUUAUUGACAAUCUUAAUGUCGGUUUUACACAAAAAUAAACAAAAUGAACCCUGAGGAAACCAUAUAUUAUCUCGGAAGUCUGGGCCCUUAUUCACAAAAAGUACGCAAGUGCAUGAAGACCACGCAUUUUAGCAGGUACGCAAACAGUCACACUAUUUCAUGCUUUUUUUUGCGUGAACUGCAAUAGGUCCCGAUCAUGCAAUCGAGAAAAAUGGCUUUGUUAGAUGAACAUUUUCAACAAAACUUGAGAGAAAAUAGGGGUUUUCACAAUAAAUUGAUACCAAAGAGUUAAAUAUAUGUAUUCAGGGUGGAUCUAGGAUUUUCGGGGAGGGGGGUUAAACUUCUAAACAGGAACUUCUUCAACACUGAGUGUUCAUUGUGAGAUACGGCAGUUGGUUGAUAGGGAAGAGGGUAGUAGAAGGGACACACCAUCCAGUAAUGAAAAUAUAUGAAGUUACAAGUAAAAUAUCUUUUGUAGAAAACGAAAGGCCCAUGGAUUUUGGAAAUUUCCUGGGAUGUUCAAAACCUGGGAAAACCAAUAAAUGUCUGACAUCUUUGGUUUGACCACACUGAGGGCAGCUGGGUGUUAGUAGAGCAUAUUCUUUCUUUAGUAUAUUUAUUAUUGAUGUCUAACUUUGUGUAAAACUGACAUUAGUAUGGUUUCUAAUGCUGUGUAACUUUGUGUCUUUUAAAGAAGUUUUGUUCACUAAAAUUAAUUUACUAUUUAAACUUUUAUUCUGAUGUUUUCAAUUCAUUUAAAGGGACAUUCCUGAGUUUGCUACAUUGUAAGAUGUUUCCGACUAAUAAAAUAGUUAUACGAUUA